UCGGAAAUUUUUUAUAAUCAGUUUUAUUCCAAUAUCUGGCUUUUAAAUUUAGACGCUGUUUUCAAGUUUCCGACGGAAGCGGACUUUUUCGGGUUCUUUACUUUGAAUCCCUUGGAAGAAUUGUACCGCUUGCCUUGCAGGCGCUGGUUGCGCGAAUCGCUUGUUACUUGUUACGUUAGACUUAUUACUUGUAGCUUGUUUAACGACGAUACUCGAUAGUGUUGCUAAUAGUUUUAUGCUGCACCGAACAGCGAAUUGUGGAAGAUAUCUGGAGACGCAUUCAUCAAAUGCUCUUGUUAAAUUGGUAGAAGGAAACAUAUCUUUUCGGUUGCCGGUGAUUUCUGAUUAGUUUUGUCUUGGCCGCAAACGCAAGGAACGGUAGCUUCAUCGUAUACGAGUGUUUACACCGACGCAGUCCAUGGCAGACUGUCGGUGAAGAAUUUUGAUAUUAUUAUCUAUAUAAUAUAUUCUUAUUAUUCCGGGACUUCUGCGGUUGGUUUUGCCCACGAAAUUAUUAUUUGCUUUGUUUGACAGUUUGAUCUACGUUGUGCCGGACUGAUUUUAUAUAUCUGCGUAAAUCGUUAUAAUUAUUUGGACAGUAAUGGCCACUGGCGCAGAUUCCUCCGGAAAUAUUAAACCUCUGCAACAGUAUUCGAAAGAUCCUUCUGGGGCUACCAUAAUUCCGGCAUCAAAAAGGGCAGAUGGAACGUGGCGGAAACCCAUUCGUGUGAAGGAGGGAUUUGUUCCACAAGACGAAAUUCCUGCGUACAAAACGAAACAGGAAAUAAUUCGCACAAACAUCCCCUCAGGGCCAUUUGGACUGGACCCCGCAGACGCUCCUGCCCAAGCGGACAAAGUGCUUUCUAAAUCGGCGAAAAAGAGAGCGAAACAAAAAGAGAAAAAAGCACAGGAACAUUCCGAAGACGUGGCUGAACAUAUGCAGAGCCUUAGCAUAAGCAAGAAUACCAAAGCAUCGUGAUAAACAUUUUUGCGAGACUUGAUUCUGCGGAUGGUUGGGUCAUUGGGUGGCAUCCUGACAGCGCAUGUGCAUGCUGUUCUGUUGACUGGAAAUUGUGUGCGACAGCAAACACUACCAGUUUAUCUUUUUAACGUCACAGUUACACCACUGGCCUGAUUUUUAUGGUUUCCGAGCUGGGUUUGUGUAUUGGUUACCGUAUUGUUGUCUUCGUUAUUGUUGUAGAUUAAUUUUUAUUUUUUGACUUUUUUAAUCGCUUUUCCUGCUUUGUUGAAAGAUCGUCGCCUUAAUGCCGAUUUCCGUAAAAAUUUACGUUCAGAUUUUAACAUUUGUCUCGUUAUCAUUUGUUAGUAACAUGAGUGCAAUACUAUGUUAUUGUGCAGCAGUGGCGUUUUAAGCAAUUUUAUUGCUGAUUUUACUGGCAUUGCACCAUUUGUGGACCCUCCGGUUGUCGAGCGACAACGUA